AUGAAGACUCUGUAUCCCAAAGGCAAGGGGAAGAUCCACCCCUCGCCGUCGUGCGCCACCGGAGGCGGGGCGGGAGAGGCGGUGACCGUGCUGAAUCUACUGCCGGCGGCGAUCCUGGCGCUCACGGCGGCGCUGGGGGCGGAGGACAAGGAGGUGCUGGCGUACUUGGUGACGCGGUCGUUGCAGGGGCCGUGCUCCGUGGUGGCGGAGGAGAGGCGGCGGUGCCGAAGGCAGGGUCACCACCAGGCCCUAUUCGACUGCGGGUGCUUCGAUUGCUACACCAGUUACUGGUUCCGCUGGGACUCCUCCCCCGACCGUGAGCUCAUCCACCAGGCCAUCGAGGCCUUCGAGGAGCACCUGGCUAGCUCGGAGCAACGCCAUGCCGGAGGCAAGGGCGGUCGGCGUAGAGACCGGCGCUUCAGCGACCGGUCAGAUAAGCCCAAUGGAAGGAGAAAGCCGGGUAAGGUUAAAGAGGAUGAGAAACCUCCGUCUGAGGAGGGAGGACCCAGCCAUGGCCAUGCGAGGAGCUCCCUCCUCACAGAGGAAAGAGAGGAGGCAGAGGUCUUCUCGGGAGAGGUGGUACCGGGGGCGGAGCUGGGCCUCGGGACGGAGCUCGAGGACGAGGGAGAUAGCAGUAUCGACGCGGCGGCUCUCUCCCAGCCGCUGGGGAGCGAGAAGAGGAGGCCGUGGAUGGACGUGAUGGGCCUCUUCGGUUCUCGUUUCUGGAACCUCUGGUGCCCCUCGCCGUGA